GAAAUGGUUGUCAUACAGAUAUAAACAAAUGAUUAUGUAUCUUCUAAAUGGAUGAAAAUAAUAUCAUCAUGGGCCUAACUGAACAUAUUUUAUUCCAUAACAUAUAUUUGAAAAUGCAACAUACAUGCCAGCUCUCAAUUUCAUUUCAUAGCUGUCAUUUUGCAAAGUAUCAUGGGGGAACGAACCUUCUUCUGGUCAUGGAUAUAAUAGAUAGAGGAAACGAAAUGAAAUCAGGAAGUUACAAAAUAAUGUUAAUGAAGAAGAUUAAUUAAUUAUCAACAAACUUUCACAGACAAUGUGGAAUGAUUUUGGGGACAAUUUGACUGAAGAAACAAGAACAGUUGCUAAUUCAUCAAAGGUGUCAGUGAAAUAUCACAUGCUUUGGUUAUAGUUAUGAAUGAAUGUUCUCUUAGUAUUUGUAAAUUUAUAUAUGUAAAAAUAAAAAACUUUUAAAAUUAUAUACUAGCGAGUACAAUGUACAUUAUUUUAUGUCAAACUGUAAGUAGUAUGUAUCAUAUAUUUGUUUUCUGGAGGCUGGGAUAGGCAAAUAGAAAUUGUUAUUAUUGUUUUGUAGUGAUUGUAAUAUACUCGUGUUAUGCGUUAUGGGCGUUAUGGCUCAACCCAGAAAUACAAUUUUUAUUUUUGAACGUUUAUAUUACUUUUAGUUUAUAUUAGAAGGUUAUUUAAUUCAAGUGCUAAAACAGAAAGAUGGUGUUUAGAGAAGGAUCUUAUGUGAGAGCAGGAAGAUGGUCGAUAACGGGAAUGAAAACGAUAUUGAUAUAGGGCAAGCAGAUGAGGAAGAAAUAGUCAAGGAAAUCGAGGACAUGGAAGUCGAGAAGGGGCAAAAAACAACGAUUGAAGAUGAGAGCAGGCAAAAAGAAACGUUCAAAGGCGAGUGUCAUAAUUGUGGACUUAGAGGUCACAAGGCUUGGCAAUGCAAGAGUGAAGGCAAGAGAAGUACAAAAUUCAGAGGAAAAUGUCAUAAUUGUGGCCUAACUGGCCAUAAAGCAAGGGAAUGUAAACAACCCAAAAAACGAGUUCAAAGCAAGAGAAAAUGUUUCAAUUGUGGCAGACUGGGCCAUAUUGCACAUCAGUGCAAAUACCAAAAAAUGAAGCCGGCCCUUAAAUACAUUUUAAAAAAUUGUACAAAUUGUACAAUGAACAUUACUGGAGCCACUUUGCCCAACAAAGAUUAAUCUGGGUAUCAUCCGGCUAUUUAUAAUUGUUCUUCAUUGAAUUUAAUAUUCUUUGUGAAAUUUUUUAAUUGUA